AAAUGUAAAAUUUUGAAUAUUACUUUACUUGAAAGCGAAAGCAAUGUUUUUGACUUGAAACAUAUAAUCGAUAAUUAGCAGUUUACAUGCACAAAAUUAUUAAAGCGAACAGUAGAAACAAAGUAAUUAUCCACGUUUAAAUAAUAAUAGUCUUAUAAGUGUGAAUUAUAUGGGUAUUAUGUUGGGAGAAUAUUAUUAAUAUUUCAUUUCAUGUAAGGAAUAUACAAUACUGUAAAGUCACGAUGGCUGCAUCGAGACACAGCUUUUCUACAGUUAAAGAUAACGCAUUUCCUCCAUGCAAAUGUUACCAGUAUUUGAGCAAGAAAAGAAGCGGCCAGUAUUUUCUAAUGGGAAAAUUAUUACAUAUAAAGGUGAAUGAAAAGUCAGAAAAACAUCACGUGAUGGUUAAAGUUGGUGGUGGUUGGGAGACACUGGAGGACUAUAUGGACCGUCAUGUGCCAUACAAAUUCAAGAUAGCAGAGUAUAAACGGCCAUUAUAUAGUAACACGUGUGAAGUUAAAGACAUAUAUCUUGGAAUUAAAUCACAUUAUAAGUCCUGGAACCAAUCAAAACAGUUUUAUUAUUCACUAUUUUGAAAUAAAUAUUUUUUAGAAAAUCAACAGAAAAUAUAUAAAAGUGUUUUUUUACCGAUAUGAACUAAUAUUUUAGUUAUGAACGACGGUGAACAAGAAUACCUUUUUUUUUUAAGUCUGAAUAACUCAGAAGACACGAUUGAAUAAAAUGAGAAAUGAAUAAAUGAACACUGCAAUCAGAGUUUCGUUGCUUCACAAAUGUGCUAAAUAAAUAUUACGUAAGUGACCGAAGAAACAGUCUUAAAAAUGUUAUGUUGCUAUUUAAAUGAUGUGUUGGCGGAGUAGUUUGGCCAUAAUUCUUGUGACAAAUGUUUAUCUUGCACCUCCUUACGUUUCAAUACUUUAUGCAUAAUGGAACUGGACAUAAAACUAUAAAUAGUAUAAAUGUUAUUUUGAUAUAGAUAAA